UAUCGUCACCGCGCGAAUAAUUGUGAACAGUUGAACGUGCGCGCGGAUUCUAGUAAAGUAAAAUCGAAACAGCAAAAAAUAGUUUAGACAAUUACGUAUAAGUUUUAUCUGUUGGACCUACCACUGGCUGUGAUAACGACGGUGAACUUGGUCUGGUUUACAGGUCAUCUGCUUAGUGUGACUCCCAACCCUUCUGGGAAGGGUAGGAAAGAGUUGUGAAAAUUCGGUGGGGAAGUGUGUUGAUCGAGAAUGUUUUUUUCCUGGACGGUUCAUCGGGACAAGUCUCUACGUGAGGUCAAAAUCGGUCAGAGUGAAAUAGUUGCUAUCGAAAACAGAGCAAACCUUUCUCGGCACAUGAUGUGGGGAGUUUAUUUGCUUCUGUUGCUCAAAUUCACAGUGGGACUGCUGCCGGUUAGUGACGGAUUCGAUAGCAGAGACGUGAGCUCCUCAUUAGAGGAGACUAUAAUAAAGUAUGACAAUAAUCUAAACGGAACACAUUACAAAACGAUGAGCGACAGGCAGAUUGUGGACGUUCAUCGAAGGAACUUCGAUCCGGAUGAUUUGAAGGCAACUUACACUAGCAACAGUCAUCCCCGGUUUGAUCAGCAUCCAUUUCACUGUUCGGCGUGCCAGUUUAGGAGUAUUUUCGCGAAGGCUUCGCUGAAAUCCAUCAAAGCACAUGUGCUGCUGAAGUUAGGAUUCGAGUACCCACCGAAUCAAACCAACUAUCCCAAAGUGCCUGACAACAUCUUACGAAGCUUCAACGAUAAGAUUGAUUACAAUCAGAAUCCGAGAAUGAGUGAAGCAGGAGAUAGCCAGUAUAUGGGGGAUGAUCCAAGAGUGGUCGACGAACAGGAUGGGAUCGACAAUGAUUCUGAUUAUUACCAAAUAACAAAUAAAAUUUUCAUUCUUCCCAAUCGAAUCAAACCCUUGCGUCAUCGAUUCGUUUUUUAUUCUAGUAAACAUAUUUCUCACCACACACCACACACCCAUAACCAUAUUUUGAUUUUCAGCUUUGGACGACUGGAUUUGAAGAAAAUGUUCAUACAUUUUACAUUGAACUUGUUGAUUUUUUUUUCAGAAGUACUUACAACGGAUAACUUCCCAUUGUGUAUUUAGCUAGAUAAUUUAUCCGAAGGAUCGUUGGUUCAGGAUUGAUAGCAUGAAUACAUAGUUUAACAUGGUGAAAUGAAUAUAAAGUUUAGUGUUAUUAUUGUAUUAAGAAAAAAGAAUGGAACAAAUAAUAAACGCCGAUUUUUUUUGUUA